CGGAGGGGGGAGGCGGACAGAGGAGGAGGACAGGAGGAGACGGGAGGAGGGUGCUGCUAGGGGGACAUUCACUCAUUGUUAGCAACUCGAGGAGUGGCGGAGACCCCGUCGCUACACGUGCAAUUUCGGCACAACAUUCAGAUCCUACGCUGAACAUCAUCUCCAACUGUGCUCGUCAUCUUUAUUUUCCCAUCGAGGCAGGAGAGGGAGGAGUGCGAGCGGUCAUUCACAGCGCGGCAUCUUAAAGGACCACAGCAUCUCCCAGGCUAUGGAGCUCCUGUGACACACAUCCCCAGGGAGAUGGAUGUAGCUAUCUUCAGUCAUGGAUUACGCUGCCCGACCCAGAGUGUUUCUCUGUGAGCUGAAGAGGAGGAAGAGACUACCAGACAGUCCUCGACUCACCUUUAGCCUUGUGAUUUCCCUUUCCCGGUGAAUGAAACGGAUGCUAACAGGGCUCAACCCUUCUUCUUAACAAGCUACUUCUGUACGGACCGGUCAUGGAUCUCCUGUGGGUGCUGUCGGUGUCCAUGUUGACGGUGUGCGUCGCCAUCCCCAUGGACGCGGCGGGGGAGAGCCAUAGUCUGUUCACUUGUGAGCCCAUAACCCUGCGCAUGUGCCAAGGGCUGCCAUACAAUGCCACCUACAUGCCCAACAUCCUGAACCAUUACGACCAGCAGACUGCCGCCCUCGCCAUGGAGCCGUUCCAUCCCAUGGUGAACCUGCAGUGCUCUCCGGACCUCAGGAUGUUCCUGUGUGCGCUCUACGCCCCCGUGUGCACCGAGUACGGCCGCAUGACUCUGCCCUGCCGCCGCCUCUGUCUGCAGGCCAGGAGCGACUGCUACAAGCUCAUGGACAUGUUCGGGGUCAGCUGGCCGCAGGAGAUGGAGUGCACCAGGUUCCCGGACUGUGACGAGUCGUACCCCCGUCCCGUGGACCUGCUGUCCAGCUCAGAGUCCACCGACUCCCCCAUCUCCGUCCAGAGGGACUACGGCUUCUGGUGUCCCAGAGAACUCAAAAUCAACCCCGAGCUGGGCUACUCCUUCCUGGGGGUCCGAGACUGCUCCCCCCCCUGCUCCAACAUGUACUUUACGCGCGAGGAGCUGGCGUUCGCCCGCUAUUUCAUCGGGGUGGUGUCCAUCGUCUGUCUGUCCGCCACCCUCUUCACCUUCCUCACCUUCCUCAUCGACGUGUCGCGCUUCCGUUACCCGGAGCGCCCCAUCAUCUUCUACGCGGUGUGCUACAUGAUGGUGUCCCUGGUGUUCUUCCUGGGCUUCCUGCUGGAGGACAACGUGUCCUGUAACGCAGCCAGUCCCGGCAGGUUCAGGGCUGCCACCGUGACCCAGGGCUCCCAUAACAAGGCCUGCACCCUCCUCUUCAUGGUGCUGUACUUCUUCACCAUGGCGGGCAGUGUGUGGUGGGUCAUCCUGACCAUCACCUGGUUCCUGGCUGCUGUUCCCAAGUGGGGCAGCGAGGCCAUAGAGAAGAAGGCGCUCCUGUUCCACGCCUGCGCCUGGGGCAUCCCGGGGGUCCUCACCGUGACGCUGCUCGCCAUGAACAAGAUCGAGGGGGACAGCAUCAGCGGGGUCUGCUUCGUGGGGCUGUACAACCUGACGGCGCUGCGCUGGUUCCUGAUCGCCCCUCUGGGACUGGAUGUAGUGGUGGGCGUGGCGCUGCUGCUGGCAGGCAUCGCCGCUCUGAACCGCGUGCGCAUGGAGAUCCCUCUGGAGAAGGAGAACCAGGAGAAGCUGGUGAAGUUCAUGAUCCGCAUCGCCGUGUUCUCCGUGCUCUACCUGGUCCCCCUGCUGGUGGUCCUGGCCUGCUACCUGUACGAGAACAGCUACCGGAGCAUCUGGGAGACCACCUGGGUCCAGGAGCAGUGUCGGGACUACCACAUCCCCUGCCCCUACCAGGUGGAGCACACCAGCCGCCCGGACCUCGCCCUCUUCCUCACUAAGUACGUGAUGAUGCUGAUCGUGGGAAUCCCCUCCGUGUUCUGGGUGGGCAGCAAGAAGACGUGCUUCGAGUGGGCGGGCUUCUUCCACGGCAAGAGACGCAAGGACCGGAUGGUGAAAGACAGCCGGCAGGUGCUAAAGGAGCCCGACUUCGCCCAGCUGCUGCUCCGGGACCCCAACACCCCCAUCGUCAGAAAGUCCCGGGGCACCUCCACCCAGGGGACCUCCACCCACGCCUCCUCCACCCACCUGGCCAUGCUGGACGAGCCCCCCAGCGGCAGCACCAGCCGGGCCGGCUCGGUCCGCAGCACCCGCUCAAAGAUGAGCAGUUACCAUGGCAGCCUGCACCGCAACCGUGACGACAGGUACACCGCCCCCAGCUUCCGGGCAGCAGACGAGCACCCCCCCUACGGCAGCAUGCCCCGCCUCCACGACCCGCCACGCCACUGCAGCACCACCCGCCUGGACAGCCUGUCCCGCCACGGCUCCACCCAGAGGCUGGAGAGCCAAUCGAGGCACAGCAGCGUCAGGGACCUCACCAGCACCACCCAGGCUGUGCUCGGGGGCCCUGGCAACGGGAUCCACCGAGUGCUGGAGGAGGACGGAGGGACCGCCUGAACACCACCUCGAUACUUCAGAGGACUGUAGAAAAGACUCUCCGUUUCUAGAAAGGGAAAGAAUGUGAAGAUCCACAGCGAGCCUCUCAGAGGGCGGAGGAGGUGAUGGAGCGCAGAGCGGAAGCUGUCACUGAUGACGUCAGCUACAUCCUGCCAGAGAGGGCUGAGGGUGGUGUGGGUCCACGCCUUAAAAUGUCCUCUCAGCUUUACUCCACUCUCAAAAAACGGAACUUUAAACUUUGACCAGUUUACACCCCACCAUGGAUUGGGUGGUGCUGCUGGUGCUGAUGGUGCUGAUGGUGCCCUGUGAAACACUGGAGAACUCUAACAGAUGCACUGGAUGUUUUUUUUUACUGUAACUGUAUAAAGGACUGAGUGAUGGACAUUACACCGCCCUCUCUUUAGUUUGGGCGGAGGCAGGGUGUUUUUCAUGGCUACAUGUAAACAGUUUGCACCCGUCACUGCGCCUGCAUUAUUAUUCAGCAUCAAAUCGAUCCUGGUUCAUUAACCUGAUGUUUAGACAGGCCAUUUAUUCACAUCCAAUUUGAAACUCCACAUGAAAUCCAACAAAUGUGCAAGAAGUUUAAGGAACAAGCGCUCUUUAUAUAUGCUGUACAUGACUCAUGAACUUUAUAAAAGCCUUCUCUCAUUUCACAUUUGUUUUGAUAUUGAGGUUCUUCAUUGCUUGGUGUGACGAUGUAAUGACGACAGAAGGAAAGGGCUGCACCAGGAACAGAGCUGAAUCCAAACUCCUGCCUUACAGUGAAUAGAUGAUAGUCGCCCUUAAAUUAGAGUGAUCUCUCAGUUAGUCCGUCCUUUUAACAUGUGUCCUUACUCGUAUAGCUGCUGUCAAAUGUUUGAGCAACAUUUCCUCGAGUGGCAUAUCUUGUAAAGCUGUAAAAACCUCUGCUGUUAAUUUGUAAUAAAGUUUUUUUUAAGAAUGUACAUUUGUCAGCGUAAUGACCACACAGCGACACACGGGGUUGUAUUUGUAACAGCCCUCCGCUUUAUUGAAAUACAUCGGAGUCAGGUUAAUAUAAUGAGUUCUCCACAUAAGUGUGGCAGCCAGUUCCAUACAUUAUUUUUUGUUUUGACCUUACACCUUAAAUAUUUUUUUUUGUGCAAAACAGAUUCUACAUCACCUGUAGUGGGUUAUCCUCAGUAAAACGCCCAAACCGUUCAAAAAAGGAGCAAGUAAAACAACAAACCGAAAACAAAAAUGAUUACAUCUAUAACAUGCAAAACUGUACAAAUUAUUACAAAGCAAUC